CACUGAACGGACCACAACAAAGAAGGGAAAAGAGGUUGUUUCUUAUUGACUGUAGAAGAAACUAAACUUUUGAUUGAUGYUUUUUGUUUUUGUCUUUUCGUUGURAAAAUAGUAAAUAUUUAGUUGAAUCUCUAUGUUGUUCACUAAACUGAGCAGCAGGUUAACUUUGACCACCUGCUUCAUCCGAAGAGAGAAACCUGUUAAGAGUUUCCACUUUUUACGCUKCCAGAGUCCAUUAUGUUCAUCUGUAAGACUGGAAGACAAACAUCUCAACGAGAAAAGGUCGUUUAGUCUUUCUGCUGCUUCUGUGGUGAACUCAGCACCAGUUCGUGUUCAGCCAUACCUCCGACUGAUGAGGCUGGACAAACCCAUCGGAACAUGGUUGCUGUACCUUCCCUGCACGUGGAGCAUCGCUCUGGCUGCAGAGCCUGGAUGUCUCCCAGAUUUGAGCCUACUGGCUCURUUUGGUACAGGUGCUGUGCUCAUGAGGGGUGCUGGCUGCACCAUUAAUGACAUGUGGGAUAAAGACUUCGACAAACAAGUGUCSCGGACAGCUUCCCGGCCCAUCGCAGCGGGGCAGAUUUCCCGAAAGCAGGCGCUAGUUUUCCUCGGAGGACAGCUCUCUCUUGCACUUGGCGUUCUUCUGUGUCUCAACUACUACAGCAUAGCUCUGGGUGCCUCGUCUUUAUGUCUGGUCGUCACCUACCCGCUGAUGAAGAGAAUCACUUACUGGCCUCAGUUUGUGUUGGGGCUCACUUUUAACUGGGGCGCUCUGCUCGGCUGGGCUGCUGUGAAGGGUUCGUGUGACUGGUCUGUGUGCCUUCCGCUGUAUUUCUCAGGAGUGAUGUGGACGCUGAUAUAUGACACUAUAUACGCUCAUCAGGACAAAGAUGAUGACCUUAAGGUMGGGGUAAAAUCCACUGCACUAAAGUUCCAGGAGCAAACCAAACUCUGGUUAAGUGGUUUCACCGUGGCCAUGGUGUCAGGGCUGGUUGUAGCCGGUGUCAACGCAGGACAAACUACUCCUUACUACGCCGCAUUGGCCACUGUUGCCAUUCACCUAAUACAACAGAUUUACAGAGUGGACAUCAACAAAGCAGAGGACUGCUGGAAGCAGUUUAGCUCCAACAGAAACUUGGGACUUUUGUUGUUUUUAGGCAUCGUUGCAAGUAAUUUGUGGAAAGAAUAGACUGACGCUGCAGCAAGACGAAGAAGUAAUCGGAUAAGACAACAAUCUGAACUUCUGCUGCACCAAUUUUUUUUUAUCGUAAUAUAUAUUGAUGGCUUUAAGGUGGGUUCUUGUUUUUUUUACUAUUUGGAUUGCUUUAAUUAGGUGAAUUAAAUAAUAAUGUGACAUAAUCCCUCCAUAUUYAUCACCUGCUGCUGAAAGGCAAGGAUGGAAAUUAAUGUCUUUGUGUGUGCUUGUGUUUGUCUGUUGAACAGACAAAAUUGUGACUUUUCUGUGAUGUUGUGCCCAGCUAAUCRGUUGAUAUGCUUUCUCUCAAGGAAAUCAAGGCCUUUGAUUUCUUCUGUUUCUGAGUGAGCAAAACCAUUAAAACAAACCUUUACUGGUGUGUGUAAAUUGC